UUCCGGGUUCGACCGGAAGCUGUUUUUCUUGUUUACAUUCUCCGGGGCUCUGCGAGCUAACUGGCGAAGGGAAGCGCUACGGCUUUUCCAAAACAAUGUCUGACAGUUGAUUAAAAUCGUGGAUUUAUUGCAGUUUUCUGCUCUAUUUCCUCUGUGUUGUUUUGGGGGUCAUGGCUUCCCCUCGCUGGUGCUGCCUCGGGGUGUCGUUACCGCUCCUGCUACUGCUGCUGCUGCGGUGGCCGGGGCUGCUGGCGGUGGCGGAGCAGGUUGCUCUGGUAGAGGUUUUCUUGGAACAGCGGCCAGAUGCGAGCGACCUGCUCCAGGGGGAGGUGGUUGAGUCCAGCCUGGGCGGUGGGAGCUCCGAGCAGCGGGACGAGGAGCGAGAAGAGUUGGAGGCAGACCUGGUCCUGGUUAGAGAUGAGGUGACACCAGUGGACGAAGGAGAAGACGAGGCUGACAUCAAGAAGCAGGAGCCGUGGAUCGGGGUUGUGCCCGUGGAGAUAGACGAAAGCAAAGCCUCGACUGGGAACCAGGAGUCCUUCGCUGAUGCUGUGGUAAAUAAAAUGAAGCGAGCGUUGGUCCUCGGGGCGUCGGCGCUGAUUAUUCUGGCUCUCAACCAAAACACCGUCAGUGAGAUGGAUUUAUCCCAGGUGCUGUCCAAGCCCAUCAUUGUGAUCCAGACAUCAGAAAAUGUGACCAAGCUGAUCGGAGCACUGCUCAGGGGCCUUCAGGCGACGGCAAAAAUCACAUACAAGACGAUCCUGCAGGACAACCUGGGAGCCACGCUCACGCUGUGGUCCAGCUGCGGGCGGUCGAGAGGAGGUCGCUACGGGGAGUGGCAGGGGGUCAUCUGCACCGGCGAGACCAACUCUCAGGUCCAGAAGUACCUGCAGCAGCUGUGGGACACCGUCCUCCUGGUGGCUCUGAUCCUCAGCACAGGAGUCAUCGUUCAGGCUCGCUGGCAGUACCAAGGCCGCCAGCUGAACGACGACUUAGAGCUCCUUCCCAAACAGGACGUUCUGAAGAGGAUGUCAUCCCUGAAGACCAAACGAUACCGUCAGCCCAAACCCUGGUGUGACCCGUCGCAGCUGGCAGAGGCGGAAACCUGCGCCGUCUGUUUGGAGCCUUUUAACAACAACCAGUGUCUGCGGGUGCUGCCGUGUCUUCACGAGUAUCACAGAGACUGUGUCGACCCCUGGCUGCUGCUGCAGCACACCUGUCCUCUGUGCAAGCGCAGCAUCCUCAGCAGCAUCUGCAAAGACAGCUAACAGUCGUUUCAUCUCGGGGAGUCGGUUCACAUCCCGACCUCAGUGACACUUAUUUUUUGUUUUUGGUUAAAGCGACCUCAACACUUCCUCCUUCCAGCUGUGGAUUUGGGAGCAUAAACUUGUCGUCGCUGCUGACCGGCCAUCAGAUUUUAACCUCUACAACAUACAGUGGUAGUUUAAAGCAGUACUACGAAGUUCCCCACUGGUCGUGUUAUCUGUGAACAGAACUUCUUCUUGAGAUCUCGUUACUGUACAACUCGGUGUGUAAACGGCAGCAAAUGCAACUGUUUCUGGGAUCAGUGUGUGUAAAAACUGACAACCUCAGUAUCUGAGUCAGCUGCUGGUGCAAAGGCGUUCAAUGCUUUUAUGUUUUUAGUGUGGAUGUACUGAUCACCUGGUUCACUUUAGGUCAAAAUGAUGUCAGUAACCAACAACCAGGGAGGACUGAAAGUUUAAAAAGUGGUCGUCUUUGGUACUUUGCAGUUCAGUGGUAGUUGUAGAGCUUCUGUAGUCGUAGUGCAGGAGUCAGUGUGUACCAGCUGGUAUCAUGUAGGGAAAAAAACACAUCCUUAAACUCCUCCUUUACCAUUUUAUUUAUUUUUCCUGCGAUUAAUCAUGCUUAGCAUACAUCAGCAGCCAGUUUAGUUUCAGCUGCACAAUCAGUGAUGCUGAACAGGUAGGAUUGUGUUUGCAGCAUAGAAGGAUAUUGUCCCUUUUUAUGAAGCUCUGUGUAACGAGUGCUGUCACAGCCGCUACAGUUUUACUUUACAAAUCAUAGAUUUGUAAAGCUCUUAUUUUCCAUUUAAAUGAAUUAUCUUUGGGAAAUUUGAAUUCUGCAGUUUGAUGAGAAGAAUUCCACUCGUGUUUCUAAGAUUUAAAGAAAAGAAAAAAAAAUGAAGCCAGACUGAAAUGACAGCAAGUCUGGCUCCAUCCUAAAGAAUCAGAAUACCAGAACCUCGUCAGCUUCAUGGCCCAUCCUCUUUCCUUACCAAUGAGCUGCAGGGCUGCUAAUUUGGAUGUAGCCUGUGGACGGGCCUUAAAUCUCUCUCUCCUCUGUGGCUCCAGAAAAAGUUCUGGUUGCAUAAAAAUCUACUUAAAAUUACCUUCAGCUCUUUCUUUGUUAGCUUUCAUAAACCCUGUUGUCACUUUCAAGUCUUAUUGAAUAAAACGUCAGGUAGUGGGCAAACAGCAGUUUAUGCAACAGGACUUUACAGUCUGUGCUCCACCCAGAAUCUGCAACGGGUGGGGAAGUCGCUCACAUGUUGACACACCAGGUUAACUGAGGCAUCAGGACAAAGUCUGUUAACAGCUGUAGUCCAAAAGCUGGUGUUGGAGUCUGUCCACAGGACUCAGAGGAAAACGAAUGAAACGGAGGACCGACAUCACUUCCUGUCCAAUCCUGAAAUCACAGAAACCAAUCAGGGCCCGAGGCUUUGGGACAGGUCAGGGUUAACUGGUUAGAAUUGACUGAACAUUGCAUGUAACGCCUUCAAGGGUGGGGUUGUCCGUCCAUCUCUUUUUCAGAACAGUUUAUCCAAUUUAAGGUUGGAGGGAAAGUCCAGAUGAAGCGAGCUCUUCCUGUCAAAAGGGAGUUCUUCCUUUCCACUGUUGCCAAGUUCCUCUCGUAAGAGGGUCAUCUGUUUCUUGUCUGUCUUUUUAGUUUUCUCUCCCAGAGGUUUACCUAACAAUAAUGUAUAUAUACUUAGAUAUGGAAAUUAAACUGAACUAAAUCCACUGCACAACCAUUUUUACAUUUUCGAUUACAAGCCAAGACUAUUGAGUUGACGUGCAGAGGUGCUGACAGGCAGAUUUAAUCAUGUUUGGACAUAGUUGAGUUUGGGGUUUUUUGUCCCCGUGUUUGAUGUAAAUGGCAGUAGGUUCGUACAAUUUACUAACACAGUAACAACAUUCUCACCUGAUUUUAAGUAAAAAUGUCAAACAGCUCUUUGGAAGACGACAUAUCCAAACUGUGAUUAAAGUAAAUCUCUGCAGUGCAGACUGUGGACUCUGAAGUGCUGAAGCACAGAAAAGAAGCUGUGUACUUACCAAAGCUGAAGAUAAUUAUCACCGUUUUUACUCUGGAGUGUGUUCCUACUGCAAAACGGGAAUUUAAAUCUAAUUAUUUCCAAACUUUGCCAAUAACCACAAACUCAAAGUAUGUUAAACAUAUAGUUUUAUUGUAUUUAUUUUGUGAUGUUUUUUUUGCAAUGCCAACUCCAAAAAGCAUAACUUUGUGCUGAAAUUGUUACAAAAAGCUCAUCGCUGAAUAGAAAAUAGCGUGUGCAUGGCAGUGUGUAGGAGGUUCUCCACGAGGACCAUCCUUGCAGAAAGUGCUUCCAAACACAAACGACAGCAUCGUUAUGAGUUGGAGUUUCCUCAUUUAUGGUGAAGUCUGGACAGCAGUGGCGUGAGCGGAGUAGAUGAUGAUACACGCGUGCAGCAGCUUUCGCACAUGCUCGAACAGGACGAGUCGGCCGCUGAAUUCCAGGCUUGAUCUCCAGGUCAGUAAUUGUUCUUCCAGCUACAGAAGGAACUCCCGAACGUCUCCUCCUUUUAUUCCUAUGUAGUCUGUUUGUCGAUGAUGAUGAUGUCAAAGAAACUUUGUUAGAUCACUCUGGAUCGUAAUAAUAAAAUGAUUUGUUACAUGUUA